CCACAAUCCAUUCGAAGCUUCUAUGUACACAAUUAUUCUUUAACAUGGAGCUAUUGUUGAAUGAUGUUCAUAGAAAGUGAUGUUCCAAAGUUCCGUUGAUAUGUUAGGGACUUGCGUCUAGAAUAAUUUUUCUUUCACUCUCGGUAUCACUUGUUUAUUCUCGUUGGCAUAGAAAGCUUUACACGUCGGGUGGGUUAAACUAUCGGGGCAAGUUACUCGAGUUAGAGAACAGUGUUUUAGAGACCACAACAUGGUUUACGAAUUAUAUGAUCGCUUCUUGUCGUAUACGGUCCAACAAACGCUCGUUGCGACUUUUUAAGAGCGUAUAAGAUUCGCUCCUCCAUAAAAAUUGAACUGGGUGACUGCUCUAUUGUUUAAAGUGUUACCAUUGUCUUGUCAGUGACAACCUCCCUUUUGUUAACUAAAGCUUGAAAAGUUUCAACUCUGGAUACACUUCAAAGAAUGCAUAUUGUCUUGUAAAGGAUUUUGGCUAGAAGAAGCUCUUCAUUGUUUCUUGCAUAAUAGUCACAAACGUAUACUGCUCAUUCAACAUCCGCUUACUUGAAGAACCGUUAUUAUUCCAGUGUGAAAAUCAAUUGAAAAAUGCAAUUGGUGGGUUUCGACCUGCCUACUCCUUCACGUGGACAACACCGAAAACAAAGUUCGCGUGACUUUUCAAAGAAGAAAGCGGAGAAGAAACAUACUGUACGUCCUGGAAGCUUUGAAUCUCUUGGUUUGAACAAUGCUUUGGUUUCUAAUCUGAGACAUUUGGGAUACAGUUUUCCUACCCCCGUACAAAGAAAGGCGAUACCUCCUUUGCUGCGAGGAAAAGAUGCCAUCAUAAUGGCUAGAACUGGUUCAGGAAAAACUGCUGCUUUUCUUCUUCCAACGUUGAACAAGCUUUAUCAGGAAGGUAUUGGAACUAGUACGAAGCUCGUAAGUGGAAUAAGAUGCGUCGUCAUUUCUCCAACCAGAGAGUUGGCUAUGCAGACUUUUGGUUUCUUUAAGAAAUAUGCAAAAGGAACAAAUCUGAAAGCUUGUUUGUUGGUUGGUGGGGAACCUUUUGAAAGUCAGUUCGCCGCUCUUGCGACCAAUCCUGACGCUCUUAUUGCUACUCCGGGAAGACUGUUACAGAUACUGGAUCAAGUAAGCUACCUUCGUCUACACUCUGUGGAGACCAUUGUUUUUGACGAAGCAGACCGAUUAUUCGAAGGUAAUCUUGGAAAGAAUACUCGGCAACUAGUUGAUUUAUUUUUUGAUUCCCCUUCAUCUGGGGUUUCUCACACUUGUCAAAAGAUGUUGGUUUCUGCAACAUUGCCACAGGCGCUUGCUGACUUUGUGCAGUUGAACAUGCUCGACCCCGUUUUGAUACGCUUGGAUUUGGAACAAAUCAUAUCACAAAAUGUAGCACUUGCAUUUUUUGGAGUACAAGAGGAGGAAAAAUUGGCAAGUUUACUGUACUUGAUUAUGGACGUUCUUCCUAAACUUCCUACAAGUGUUUCUAGCAAUCAAUCCAGUGCCAAUGGAUAUCCGAAAACCAUUAUUUUUCUAGCAUCACGUCAUCAAGUAGAUUUUUUGGAACAGUUGUUAUCAUCACAAAAUAUUCCUGUAGCUGGUAUUCAUGGCAACAAGGAUUCGACUGCUAGAAAACGGGCUGUAGAAAAUCUACGAAAUGGACAUGUGCCUAUCCUUUUGGUAACUGAUUUAGCUGCGCGAGGAUUAGAUAUUCCCUUUUUAGAUGUAGUUGUACAUUUUGAUAUGCCACCGACUCCAAAGCUGUUUGUGCAUCGUGCAGGUCGAACAGGGAGAGCUGGACAUUUUGGAGUCAUUUUGGCAUUGGUGACUCCAGAUGAUCUUCCUUAUUCACUCGACUUGUUUUUGUUCCUAAGUAGAGAGUUUCAUGUAGCUUCAGAAGAGAACCAGGGUAUAGAGAAUAUUGGAGAUGAACAAUCGUUACUAGAUACUUCCUAUGUUUAUGGUCUGCUUCCAUCUGCAUCAGUUUCGCCUCUUGUCGAUACCAUUCGAAAUGAUAUAGAAACCUCAACAGACUUACAGUAUGCAAUCCAAGCAGCUAAGAAUGGAUCAGAAAAGUAUAAACGUAUUCGGCCUUGUGCAAGUUCAGCAUCCAUUCAAAGAGCUAAAGAAAUGCUUGCUAUGUAUAGUAAGCCAUGGAUACACCCUUGGUUGAUGAACUCUUUGCAAUACAACCAAUGUAAAACAGUGGAAAAUGUAGUACAACAGUUAAAAUCAUGGCGUCCUCAUACGGCAGUAGUUGAUCCCACUUUUAACAAUUGCAAAGGUAGCCUUCGUAACCAUAAUCAUGAACAUGAGAAUCUUCAAUCCAAGGAUGAAGCUUUGUCGUUAUUAUCAUCCCCAUCGAUAAGAAAAUGGAACAAGAUGGGAGAGAAUGAGGUUGGUUGCAAGAAAAUGAGUCAUCGACAAAUGCUACUAGCCAAGGAAAGAAUGCAAUAUUCAAAGUCCUCAUCGAGGAAUGUCAACUACUUUCGAGAAAAAGGUCUUUCUGUCGUUCAAGAAGGAAGAAUGAAGGAUUCAUUAAAGGACUCAAUUUUGAGUGUUGUACAAGAUGAUCCGGACGCUGAAGAGUCUCAAAGAAGACGACUUUUAUGGGAUAGAAAGAGAAAGAGGUUCGUUCAUCCUUCCAACGCAUCUUCAAAGCUCGACCAUAACGACAACAACAAGAAGAAGAAUGAGACGGAUUCUAUCAAGUCCCGCUUUAUGAAAUGGUUGUCCAAAUCAAGAGUUCGAAUCCAGGCAAUAGGAGAAGAAGCUGAUCCUGAAAAUACUCGUUUGGCACAAGUGAACAGGAUAAUUCGUAAAAAGAAUGGAACGGAAAAAGAAGGAAUUGUUGCAAAGAAAGAGAAUUGCAAAAUCUAGCAAGUCAAAAGGAAGACGAAAGGAACCGAG